AUGGCUAAGACAAGGAGCAUGACUAAAAACCAGAACAAUGGUAAUGCAUCUAGAACAAAAAAAAUCAAGAUUUGUGACAAUGGUGGUGUGGCACCUUGGUCUGAUCUUGCUGAUGGUGUGCUUUUAUUAGUUAUGAUGCAACUUGGAGUCAUUGAUUUUCUUGCAUUCAGAGGAGUUUUCAAGUCAUGGAGAUCACUUGCACUCUCCAACAAGAACAAGUUUAUGGCGUCCAAACCACCAAUGUUUGUAUGUACCUCUUCUCAUUCUUAUAAGAACGCAUGCUACUUAGAGGACUUUGAAGGAAGAAAGUUGAAAACAAUCCUUCCCCCUUCUGCUGGCAGGACAUGUAUCGGUGGAACUUGUGGUUACUUGAUCUUGUAUUGUAAGAAUACGCGUGACUUCUGGCUUGUGAAUCCUAUCACAAGGCAUGAACUUCAUUUACCUGAUGUCCCCUUAUAUGUCUUUCGAGGCUAUGAACCUGUCAGGGCUAUCCUUGUCUAUUCACCUUCAUUAUCUGAGUGGGUGUUUGUUAUUGCAGAUACUUUUUAUCAUGAAAUAUGGUUUUCCAUAGUGGGUAAACGAGAAUGGACUCAUGUUUCCACCCCUUUUAUCAUUCAUGAUGUACAUGCUUUCAAGGGGAAGAUAUAUACCCUACUCCGUUAUUUUCGUCAAGAAUGGCAUUUAUGUGAAGUGAGACUCUUUUCGAAGCCCAAUUUGACGUUACUUGUAACCAAGAAGUUUCAAAAGUUAGGCUUUUAUGAUCUAGAGCUUGCAAGUUAUGAUCAAAAGCUUUAUGUGGUGGAUCCAUUUUUUAUACAACCGAUAUAUGAAAUAGAUUUUGAGGAACUGAAAUGGGUGUCACUUGAAAAGACAAGGGAAGAAUAUACAUUUUUUCAUAACAACUACUUGAAGCGUGAUACUGCUGUUAUACCAUAUCAUCGGUCAGAAUAUGGGAGAUAUGAACUAGACACUAAGAAAGGUGGAAAAGGCAGGUUCUUGUAUGCAAACAUGUGGCACUUUGUUCAUGACUGUUUGGAUGUUAAUCACCUACAUGAUUGA